UUAUUUUCAUAUCUAUAUUAGUCUUAUAGCAUAUGCGUAAAAUUAUUUCUAAUAACAUUUUUUUUCAUAAAAAUAUUAAUAUUUGAUUCAUUAUUAUUAGGAUGUAAAAAAUAUUUUCAAUUAUAGUAAAUAUUUAAAAAUUCAUAGUGCUAAGUAAUUUUUUUUUAACAAAUUAAGCAAAUUAAUUUAUUAG